GAACCCAAAGAAGAAGCCGGUUCACGUUGUAUGUUGGGUAUCGCACCGGGUUUGACUUUGAAAAGAGCUUGGGAAUGUUUUUUAUCGGAAUUUAACAAUUAAAACGCAUUAUAAUACAAAGCUGACACGAGUUACAGAGUUACAAUCAGCGUUCACAUUGUCCAUCUCCUAACAGACGUGAUGUCCAGUCCCUUCGGCACAGUCGCAGCGGAGGCUGUUAUUAUGUCUGACGAAAGCCGAGCUCCGCCUCCGGGCUGUCCCAUGCACCAGGACGCCAAAAGAGCCGCUCCUCCGGCCGAUUGCCCCAUGCACCAUGCAUCCACUACAGAACAACCCAAGAGUGUACCAGAUGGGCCAGCACAUCAGGACCGAGCCUACGAGUUUGUGCAAUGUCCUGUGACAGGAGCUAGAGGAAGCAAACAUACAUCGUCUGACAUCAACCCUGCCAACAUGAUGCCUCCACCCAACCAGCAGCCUUCUCCCGGCCAGCCCUUUUCUCUGUCUGUGCUGCGAGAAGAGUCACACAUCCCUCGUUCAGGAUCGGACCAGAACUGGGUUUAUCCCUCCGAGCAGAUGUUCUGGAACGCCAUGCUGAGGAAAGGGUGGCUCUGGAAGAAGCAAGACAUCUCUCAAAAAGACAUGACGAACAUCAUUUCGAUUCACAACCAGAACAACGAGCAGGCGUGGAAGGAGAUCCUGAGAUGGGAAGCUCUCCAUUCUAAGGAGUGUCCAUGUGGACCUGCUCUUAAAAGGUUUGGAGGCAAAGCGAAAGACUUUACUCCGAGAGCCCGCUUUCGGUACUGGAUGGGGCACGAGUUGCCAUUUGACAGACACGACUGGAUUGUGGACCGGUGUGGGAAAGAGGUGCGCUAUGUGAUCGACUACUACGAUGGAGGUCAGAAGUCGAGUCACACCAUCUUAGAUGUCCGUCCAGCGUUUGAUUCUUUAGGAGCCGUUUGGGAUCGCAUGAAGGUGGCGUGGUGGAGAUGGACCUCGCCAUGAACCUGUGCUGCUCUACGGGAAUAUAGGAGACUUAUAUUCAUACAUAUUUAUUGGUGAUUAUUUGGGCUUGUUUAGCUUACUCUAACAGGAAGUGCUGUGUUUAAUGAAGAUACUGUACUGUUGCAUUGCACACACACCCAAAUGUCCUGUACUAAUGAUGAUUAUUAGUAUGGGCUGUAAAUAUUAGACAUGCAAACAAGUAUUAGUGAAAUCUGGUCAAAUGUCAAUUUAUAUCACAGUUUAAUAAGCUGUCUGUAAGAAUUAUAGUGUAGUAGAAUGCUAACACAGGGCUAAAGCUGUUGAGAGUGAAUUAUACAGUAUCAUAUCACAUCACAGAUCACGUGAUUACUUUUUAUCGUUAUUCUUUUUUAAUAGGAAUGUAAUUAGUGAUUGAAGUAAUUAUAUGCACAGGAGUUCUAUAAUAAUUAAAGGUGUUUUCCUUUUUGCUUAAGCAUGAAAAGCCUAGUAUCUUCACCAUAAUUCUAAACACUUAUCCUGGGUUGGAUAAAUUUCAACUUCCAAACUGAUAUCCUGUAAUCUGUAAUAUGAUUUGUUUCCCCACUGUAUGAAGGACAAUGUAUGUUCAAUAACUAACAUCUUAAUUUUUCUGCAAAUGUUGCGCUUUUAUGUUUUUAGGAAAUUCUAAAUUCCAACCAUCAAAAUGGCACUUUGGUGAAUGUCUAUGCGCAAUUUCCACAGCUUGUACUUAUUGCUAUCUGUUUCUAAUGAAAGUAGACUUCAUUAAGGCUUAUACUCCAUAUUAAAAGAGUUCAUUUGUGUUCAA